AUCAUCGUUGUAAUUCUUGAGCUAAGAUGUUUAUAACCCAGACUCUACAAAUAGGUGUCUAGUGUCCCUGCUGCAGGGGUCGAGUACCUUAUGCCCAGAGCCUGUAUCACCUUCGUACAUAGAAGGGUCUUAGAUCUGUUGCAUUUGACUGAGACCUUCGAAGGUAUAAUAUUACUGAGUUCUCAUAAGCUAACUUAUAUUUUCUAUGUCUGUUUCAUGUAAUAAAGAAUGAAUCAGACGAGUAAACCCUUUGCAAACUAAAUACAUGUUUUUUACACUUUUUCAUCUUACAUGAAAAAACUUCAACACAAGUUUCUCCUUUUACCACUCUAUCCUUAACACCUUUGAACCCAUGGAAAAUGAAAAGUGGGAGACUUUAAUUGUAUUGUCCUGUUUUAGUUCUCCAUGCAAGAGCUUCGGCAGGUCCCAACAAUAUAUAUAACUCUACGAGCAUGUACUACCUAGAUACUAGGUUUUAGUUCUCAAAGCACUACAUACAUCUAAGAAACCACUUCAUACAACCCAAUGUAUCUAAGUCUUGUAUCUUAUUUACUAUAACCUAUCAAAAUACGACUCAUUUAUGUGGGUUGUAUUAGUAGAAUCGUAUCUAGACUUAGAAAACCGUGUUAAAGAUGUUCCUUCACCAAGAUACCGUCUCUUAUGUUUUUUUACAUUUAUUCUCUUGAUAUCGCUUAAGCUAGAUACAAUAUAUUUACGUGAGUUGUACAUGCCCUAAUUAAUGUAGCGGUCAUUGAACUUUAAUAACCAUCCAUAUCAAAGCAUGAAUGGCUUGGAUGAUUGAUUCGAUAACCGCCUAUAUAAAUAGCCAAUAUUUAGAGACGGCUGGGAUAUCCGCCUCAUGUGUCGCAGCCACCUUUAAUAUGUAGUUGUUAAGAUAUAUAUGGAACAUUAUUUUACAUUUAAGCAAUAACAACUUUCCUAUUAUUUUUUUGUUCAGUAAUAUAAUUGAAAUGUUCUAGCUGUAAAAAUUGAUUGCCCCAUGCAUAUCAUUAUGGUUUGGGUCGUUUCAGCAACGAAAACCAUUGUUCUAUUGUACUAAGUAUGUUUUAUGUAGUAUUCCGUAGACGAUGAAUCUUGUUUGCUAGCCGCUAUCUUAAAUAAUUUCAUUCUAAUUAUUGUUAUCGAAGAUUUGAUAAUUUCCUACGCGCGAUUAGGAACGGUACGGUGUGGCCUCUCCACCACUCACAUACAUCAGGCUCUCGUCAACUCACCUCCACCCGUUCUCGUCUUCUGUCUAAACCGCCCGGUUUCGCCGCACGCUCGCGUUCUCCGAUCACGCAUGCCAUUGCCAUGCAACCUACCACAGAAAUAUGCUCGUACCUGCGUCCAUGCCUCUCUUCACCGACCCGCAACAAUCCUCGCCCAAAUUGUAUCGUUUCACUCACCCCCAAGAGCGAGCGAAUCAACCUCUGCCGGAACAUACAGAGCAAUCCUCUCGCACUGCCACGUACGGUGCACGCACCAUGGCUGUGUCCCGCGCCGUCGUCCUGCUCCUCGUCAUCCUCACGGGGGCUGCCGCGUUCUCGCCCACGGAUUCCACUCCCGAGGAUGCCGAUACCAAGCCGAGCAUCCUGACUCCCAUUGCGCACAGCCCGCUGGGAUCUUUCGAAGGCGCCGAUGGGCCCGUCGCCGACAACGCCAUCGACGACGAUGACGCGGCGCCCGUGGGCUCACCCAUCGGCACCACCAUGACGGAGCCGGAGCCGCAGCUCGCGCCCCCCGGGCUCCCCGAUAGCAGCGCCACCGCUGCUUCCGUAGGCCACCCAGUCGCUGCUGCUGCUGUUGCCGCAGCUAUGGCCACCGCCAGCGCCAUCUUUGCCUUGUGAGAGGAGGGUGCAUGUGACUGUGUGUGCAGCUGUGCGCACGCUAGCUGUUAAGUUAGAGCGGUAUUGAUUCACGCAUUAUGUGUUGGUGUUAUGCUUCCAAGUUGUGCUUGCACGUCUUAUCCUUCUUUUGUAAUCUUUUUUUACUGUUUUCAUUCAAAAAAUAUGUUGUUACUGAUAAAUUCACCAGAAAUUAGUAGUA